AUGGCCACAGGAGAAAGCUACAAUAGCCUCAUGUAUGGGUUCAGAGUGUCACACAAUACCAUAUUCCUCACGGUACGGGAAGUGUGUCAGGCCAUCGUUGAUGAAUUUGCAGACGAAAUGAUAACCACUCCUACCACACAGGAAGAAUGGCUGGACGUUGCCCAGAAAUGUUCAUCUCUGUGGAACUUUCAUCAUUCCUUGGGAGUGCUAGAUGGGAAACACAUAGCCAUCAAGUGUCCAAAAGAUAGUGGAUCCCUAUAUCAUAACUACACGGGAUUCUUCUCGAUCGUCAUGCUAGCCCUUGUUGAUGCUGACUAUAAAUUCCUGUGGGUAGAUGUUGAGGUAAAUGGGUCUGCAUCAGAUGCCCAAGUGUUUAACUCUUUGGAGUUAAAGGAUGCCAUUGACAGCAGUGACAUUAACUUCCCAGAAACUGAACCACUGCCACAUGAUGACCAGGACAUGCCCUACUUCAUCGUGCGUGACGAUGUUUUUGCGCUCCAAACAUGGAUGAUGAAGACUUUUUCCAAGAGGAAACUAUCACAGGAAGAGCGCAUCUUCAACUACCGUCUCUCCAGGGCGAGACGAAUUGUGGAGAAUGCUUUUGGCAUAUUGGUCAAUCGAUUCCAGUGCCUCCUGACCACCAUGCGACAAGAACCACUAACAGUACAAAUCAUCAUACUGGCCUGCUGCAGUGUUCACAGUCUGAUGAGGCUCCGCUAUUCAACUGCGCAGAAUUUUCUCAUGGACCUGGAGAAGGCAGACCACAGCAUCAUACCCUGUGAAUAUACAUGA